CAUGUGGUAUAUUCAUAGUUUUCCCAUGGAGAAAUUUUCGUUGAGUGCAGCCAAAAAUAAUUUGGGGAGAAUCGCAUGGAAUAAGAAUCCGUUGUACAUCUCUCUCUGUAAUUUCGUUUCGCACCUCUCGUGCAACUAAUCCGAUCCGUAAUUUCAUUGACGAGCUUCCUGGGGAAGCCAAAUUCAUCAUUAUUGUCACUUCUUUCUUUCUUUUUAUUUAAUAUUCUGAUUAUUAUUCAAUACUGAUGGCAUCGAGUUUUGAUCGAUGGGAAAAAGAUCCUUUCUUUGGCGCCGCCGAAGAAGUUCAGGAAUCUGCAGACAGGAUGGAAUCUACGUAUAGGACAUUGAUUCACGCAAAGAAAGAUGCAUCCAGCCCGUGGAACUGUGAUGAAAUCCGUCGAGAUUUACAUACUUCCCUUGGCACUACUAAAUGGCAGUUAGACGAAUUUGUACGGGCGGUCAGGUCAAGUUAUAGCAAAAGCUCAAGUGAGGAUGCAAGAAAUAGGCACCAAGAGUUCAUUGUUGCCAUUGGUGACAAGAUUACAAAAGUUGAGCAAUUGUUACAAGAAUCUGUUCAUUCAGAUAGCAAGGCAUCUCUGCCUUGGGUGCGUUUGGAUGAAGGCGAACGAAAUGAGCUUGCAAUGUUUCUUUCAGGAUUGCCAGCUGCUGCUGGAGCAGAGGAGAAAUCACAUGGGCACCGCAGGGCGGCUAGUGCUGAUGCUGAUAUUAGUUCUUGGCAAAUUGCUGUUUCUGAUGAUGUGCAACAAUCGAGUUCCUCCAAUGAUUCUUCUGGUCAAAUGCAUAAGGUAGCCAGUCUCUCUGGAUUUCUCAGUUCCAUGGGAUCCGUCUCUAAGUUGAAGUGGCCUAAGAAUGGUUAUAGAAAGCUGAAAGUUGUGAAUCAUCAUCAAGAAACUGAUAACACACUACUACCGUCAACUGCAUUGAAUGGGGGCAUCAAUGCAUUCCAUGAACGAAGUAAGAGUUGCCUUGCUAGUUGUGAUGAAUGUUAUGAUAAGGAACUCCAUGGGUGGUAUGGGGCUAUCCAAAGACAGCUUCAAAGAUCUCAAUACCAAAUGCAAUACAAUCGGCAUGUUCAAAUAACUGUCUGGAUUGUUAUGCUCCUUUGCAUGAUUGUUUUAAUGACUUUUUGCGCAAUGUAGAAAGGAAGAUUUAGAUACAUUCUCUGUCAGUUUUGAGUUGGCGGCAGCAUGGGGGACGCAUAAACAAUCUUUUAAUAUAAGUUCAUACAAUCUAUGUUGUCGCUUAAGCAAGCGAGAGUUUUUUUUCUGGUUCUCGCUGGCGUACAAGGUGUCAACAUAACAUUUCACGAAGUUUGAGAUUACUAUUUAGAGUCUUCCAUAAUCCAUACCAGUGGCACUUCCUUCUUCCGUUUUGGCUAUUUAUUUUUCGUUUUUGCCCCUCCCAUUGCAAAAUGGUCUCGUGAAGAGGGUUCUCUGUUGUACUAUAUGACUAGAUGUACAUGACAAAGUGAAUCGAGUUAUUAAAUGUUGUGAUGUAUAUUAUGAUGCGAGAACGGUGUUAUGUACCAAAGAUUUUUAGCCUUGUAAAAUUUAGGGACG